AUGGGUAAUUGCAAGUCCUAUUCUUCUCACUUUAGUGUUAAUAAAAAUAAUACUAAUGAAUUAUAUGAAAACUUAAUAUGUAAUUUUAUUGAAAAGGAUAAACUUUUGUUUUGCCCAAAAGCUUUUGUUAUAUAUGAAGUUUUAAAAAGAAAACUCGAAAAUAAAGAUGAGUUUAAGUAUUAUAUUGUGAGGACUCUCCAGAGGAAGAAAGUGAAGAAUGCUUUAAUUGGUUUAAGUGAAGAUUACAAUAUCGAUGUUUUGAAUUUUUUAUUAAAGUUAUUUAAAAAGAUAAACAAUGAUUAUUAUAACAACAUAUUGAACUUCCAACAUAGUAAUUAUUAUAAUUAUUUUGUUCGUGAAGAUACAAAAUUUGUAAGUUUCUCGGAACAAAUAAAUAUCAUUCUUAACAUAUAUAAUUUUGUACGUAUGAAAUAUAUACUGGAAAACAUUUGCUUACAUUUAUAUUUUGAAGUACAUGAUGAUACUAAGGAAAAUUAUGAAUAUACAGAAAAAAAAAAUGGGAGUAAUAAAAAGAUGAGUACAGUAAAGGUAGUAAAAGAAAGAUCGAAUAGUUUAUUACAUUUUAAGAAAAAGAAUAUAAGUAAUACAUUAAGAGAUAGAAAGAAUAUGAUAUAUUUAAUAAAAAAUCGUUUUAAAAAAAUUGAGAGUUUUUGUAAAAAUAAUUUACAUUGUAAUGUAUUUGAGAAUUUUAAAAUAUGUAAUAUGCUGUGUUUAUAUAUUUUAAAAAAUAAUUAUAAAAUGAAAUGUAUUUUAUAUAAUAUAUUUAGUGUUAUGUUUUUUAUAAAUAAUUAUUUUAAUAUAUAUAAUAAGGGACAAAUUACUAAUCAUAUAAAGAAAUUAUUUUUUAAUGAAGACAAAUCACAAAUAAAAAAUGAGUUUUUAACAAAAUCCAAUAAUGAAGAAAUUAAAUAUUCCUCAUGUUUACAAGAUAUUUAUAAAAGUUAUUUAUUUAUUUCUUUAUGUCUUAGUUCUGAUGAACAGAUUAAAGAACAUAUAUUAUAUAAUACAAUUAUUAAUAUAAAUCAAAGUCCAUUACGAUUCUCUAAAUGUAUUAGUGAAUUCUUAAAUAUGUAUAAUACUUCACCAAAAAAAAUGCAUACUCUUUUUUCAUCAAACGAAAUGAUGGAUAAAAAAGAAAAAAAAAAAAAAAAAAAAAAAAUUUACGAAUGUUCACAUAAAACCAUACAGAAUUCUUAUAUUAAUGAUAAUUUUAUAAAUUCACAUUAUAUUUGUCAAAAUAAAUAUAUAAAAAGUAUUUUAAAUAUAGGUAAUUCAAAUUAUCACAUAAAAAAUAAUAUGAUGAUAUUUUGUUUUGUCUUAUUCGAAAAUUCAACUUAUAUGCAAACUAGCUACAGAAUAAUUAAUACAAUAAUCGAGCAAGAAAAGGAAAAGGAAAAGGAAAAGGAAAAAGAAAAAGAACAAAAGGAAAAAAAAAAAAAAAAAAAAAAAAAAAAAAAAAAGGAACUCUUAUAUAAUAACAGUAAAUCUAGUGAUCAAAUGAAUACACCAUUGACUAAGAAGAAAAAAAAUAAACAGAAUGAGAAGAAAUUCAAAUUUAAUCUGAAAUUUUAUAAAAAGAAUGUGAGAAAAGAAAAUAAUAGUAGUACACAUAACGAACAUGAAGAAAAUGUACAAAAUACAUAUGAAUUAAAAAAAAGCUAUUCAUAUAAUUCAGAUUGUAAAAAAGUGGAUAAUAUUUCCUUUGAUUUAAAUAGUAUAGGUUUUUUUAGAAUUGAUUUGUAUAAUCUUAUGCAAGAAAAUUUUGAAUACAAUAUAGAUGAUAAUAUAGAUAACUACGUAAAGUUAUAUACCAUAAAAAAAAAAAAAAUUAACAAUAUAGAAGAUGAAAAUAAUAAAAGAGGAAGCAGUAAAUACAUUUAUGUGAAGAAAAAAAUUAAAACCAAAAAAGAUUAUGAACUAAUUGAAACUAUGAAAGAUAAUUUUAUACAUGUUGUUAAUGUUUUAAAAACCAUGAGAAACAAAGAAAUAUGUUAUAUAUCAUCAGCAAAUACUUUUGAAGAAUCAUAUGAUAAAAAUAAAAAUGAGUACAAAACAAAUGUAAGUUACACACAAAUAGAAAGUAUUGAUUAUUCAUUUAAAUCCAAAAGUAGUGAUAAAACAUUUAAAAAACAAACUGAUAUGAAUUGUUCAGAAAAGAAUGAACAUAUUUCAUCUGAUAAAAAUGUAAAUGAUGAACACAAUGAUAAUGAAAUAAAUACCAUAUGGGAUGAGAAGGGUGUGGGAAAAAAUAUAAAAAAUAAUGAAAAAAUUAAUGCAGGAAAUAAUUUAAUAAAACCAUUUUUCAUAGGGGUACAUGACAUAUUUGUUCCUUUUGAUAUGGAAAAACUUAUUCUUCAUAAAUCACAUGAUACAUUUGAAUUUAAGGAUAAAGAAAUAAUUAGAACAAAGACUACACCAUUAUAUCGAAAAAUACCUAAUCAUUCCAGAACACAUCCAAGAAAAGGUGAUACCCAUGCAUUAAAUAAGAAUGAAAGAAAAAAGAAAUAUAUAGUAUCAAAGGGAACAAAAAACAAAUUUCAUUACAAGGGAAGUUAUACAGAAAAUGAAAGUUUUUAUAAAAGUGUUAAUAUAAGAACAAAUAAAAGUACGGAACUUGAUCAAAAAGAUGAUUCGUUUAAUGUUUUUUAUAGAAAUGGAGAAAGUGAAUUAUUGUUUAGUAAAGAUAGCUUAAAUUUUGAUAAUAUUUAUGAGAAUCCGACCUUAAUGAAUAUAUUUGAAGAAAUGAAAUAUAGAGAACAAACAGAAGAAUUAUUAAAACUAUAUAAUUUUACUACUAAAAAAAAAAACAUGAACGAAUUUUUAAAUAAAGUAAAAAUGUAUGGUAAGACAAUAUGUAUUAGGGAUGCACCUGCAGAAAAUAAUGAUGAUAUAUAUACUGAUUAUAAUUAUUAUAAUAAUUAUAAUUGUUAUGAUAACGAUGAAUAUGAUAAUGAUGAUGUUAGUAACAAUAAUCGUUAUGAAUAUGAAAAACAUUUAGCACUUUAUAAUAGAAAUAAAAUGAACAAUAUUCCCGAGAAUGAAAAUAUGAAGAAAAUAAAUUCAAAAAGUAAAGGAAAGUCACAACAUAAUAAAGAAAAAAAUUCUAUUGAUGAUGAAAUAGAUAUUGAAAAUUAUGAAGAAGAAAUAGAACAAAAUAAUGAUGAUGAUCUAAAUAAUAUUAAUAAUGAUGAAGAUGAUGAACAAAUAAAUCAAAAUUUUUUUAAUGAUUCUUUAAAAAUAUUUAUACAACACAAACCAAUUGGUGAAAUGUGUAAUUUUGUUAAUAUGAAAUAUAUACAUAUUUCUUUUAAUAUGUAUAAAGUAUAUGAAGGGAAAAAAAAACUAAUACUUAGUACAUAUACGAAUAAUGAAAAAAGUGAUUCAUUACAAAAAGAUGAUGGAAAGGGAAAUGUAAAAUAUAAAGAUAUUGAAAAGGGAAAUGUAAAAUAUAAAGAUAUUGAAAAGGGAAAUGUAAAAUAUAAAGAUAUUGAAAAGGGAAAUGUAAAAUAUAAAGAUAUUGAAAAGGGAAAAGUAAAAUAUAAAGAUAUUGAAAAUGUAAAUGUAAAAGAUAAUGAUAAAGAGGAUGGAACUAAAUGUGUAGGGAAAAUAGAAUAUAAUAUUACCUUAGAUAAAAAUGAAAAUUUUAAAUAUAUAAUAGACUUAAUAUUUUUGCAUUUAAAUUAUAAUAGAUGUUAUUAUAUAUAUAUACCCAAAAGAUUGCUAGUUAAUUUUAUGAAUAAAGGUGGAAUUCCAGAAGAUAAUAUAUUUCUUAAUUCUAUGAAUUGUAAUUGUGAUAUAAUUUUAGAAAAUUUAUAUAUUAUUGAUCCUAAUGAUUGUAUUCCGAAUAAUAAUUUAACAAAUAUACAUAUUCCUUUAUAUUUUGAAAAAAUUCAUUUUGUUGAAAUUGUUUUAUUUCUUUUAUGUGAUGUAUUAAAAAUAUAUAAUAAAAUAAAAAAACUAAAAAAACAUUUUGAAAAGAAAUGUAUAGAAUUUACAAAAUUAUUUUAUGAUUAUUUUGAUACUCAAUUGAAAAAGGUAAAUUAUGAAUACUGUAAAGAAAAAAAAAAUAAUAUAUUAUCACUUCCUAAUGAACUUUUAAAAAAAAGAGGUUCCAAAAAAUUAGAACAUUAUACUAUGUUAAGUAGUGGUAUUAACAUUUCUUCAUUAAGGCAUAUUUCAAAUUUUAGUGAGGAAAAAUAUAUUAGUACUAAAGAAGAUAAUAAUAAUUAUUAUAAUAAUAAUAUGGAUAUUAAAUCAUUAAUAAUUAAUGUUUCAUCUACAUUAAAUUCAGAAAAUUGUACAAAUAAUGUUAACAACCAAAUGAAUAAUAUGAAUCAAGAAAAUGAUGAAGAUGAUUCUAAAAAUAAGAAAAAAACAAACAACAACAAGAACAACAAUAAUAAUAAUAAUAAUAAUGAUAAUAUUAUCUUUAAUAAUAAUUUUAGCACAUAUAAAUCUAAUAGUGAAAAUCCUUUCGAUAUUGGAUAUAAAUAUAAUAAUAUUUAUAUAAAAAUAAUAGACGUAAAAUUAUAUGAUUUUAUUAUAGAUUAUCUAAAUUAUAUAAAAGAAAAUAAUAGUUGUUAUUAUUUAUGCCCAUAUAUAUUUGUUUAUAAAUUUAAAGGACUUUGCUUCCUUUUUGUUCCUGUAUGUAACAACUUUUAUUUACUUUUUUAUCAUUUCUUUUUUCAUUUCCUUAAUUGUUCAGAUUUUUUUAGUUUCAAAAAAUGUUUUAAUCGAAAUAUUAAUAAUCAUGAUGAUGUUUCAAAAAUACAUUGUGCUGUACCCACGAAUCAUAAUUUUAUAUAUAUUAAUAAUAUGAUUAAAAUAUUAAAUAUACAUAAGAAUAAUAAAAUGUAUGUGAAAUAUAUUUCAUUAAACAAACAAAUGCAAAAUAAAGAAACUGUGUAUUAUUAUAAAUGGAUUAAAAGCAAAAUUGUUAUUGAUAUUAGAAACUCUUUUUCAUCUCCUUAUUUUAUUCGUACGAAGAAUUUUAUUAGUUUCAUUGAAAAUACAAAUUUAAAUAUAUGUCUAAGGAAAUUAUAUUUAAAUAAAGAUUGUGCCUUUUCUGUAAAACUUGAUAAAAAGAAUAAGAAUAAUGAAAAUUCAUCGGCUUUUAAUGAUAUCAUAUGCUUGUUUAAUCAGUACUUUAAUAUGUUUACUUAUUUCUAUGAUGAGAAAAAAAUGAGUAGAAAUAAUGAAUUAUUUCGUCACAAUAGAUAUAUAAUUAUCCCGUAUUUUAAUGAUAUUUAUAUUAAUCGAAAUAACUUGCUUAUAUAUUGGAAAAUGUUAGAAGAUUUAAAAAAUGUUAAAACGGAGAAUAAGCUUAAUGAUUCUAAUAAUAAAAAUGACAAUAAUAAUUAUAAUAAUAGUAAUCAAAAUAUUAAUUGUAAUAAAUCAAAUAACAGUAAUGAUAAAUGUUUGAAAGAAUCUGAAAAAAAUGAAUAUGACAAUAAAUAUGGAAUGAACGAAAAUAUAAAGGAUGAUAACUACCACUAUAAUAAGAAUGAUAAUGAAACGAAAAAUCUUAAAUAUUUUUUUAUUUAUAAUAUAUAUGAAAUCCAUAGAGAUAUCUUCAUAAAUUAUUUUUAUUUGUUAUUAAACAAAAUAAUAGUAGAAGCUGUAAAAGAAUUGAAAUUAAAUAAUUUUUUAAGUAUUCAUAAUUUAUUACAAUUAUUAAAUAAUUAUGAAAUAAAUUUCAAUAUGUUUUUUUGGGUAUUAUAUGAUAAUUAUAUAAAUAUUUACAAAAAAUAUAGUGUCCAUGCAGAACUUGUAAAUUUUUUUAAUAAUAAUAAUCCAAAUAAAAGUUACGUUCUCGAUUCUUUUAAAAAACAAAAAUUUAAUUAUUGUAAUAAAAAGAAGUUUUAUGUAAGACGAAUUUUAGUAUUUUGCACAUGUAUAUUAUUAUCUAUUAUAUGUAGAAAUAUAUGUGAAUUUUUUAUAACAGAAUUAAAUUAUUCUUAUGAAAAUGUAUUCAGUGUAAUAUGUUACUUUUUCUUUUCUAAUAAGAAGUUUCCUCAGAUAAAUGAUGAUAUAAAUUUGAAUUUUUUAAAGUCAAUUUAUUUUAAUUUAUUUGUAUCCUUAAGCUUUGUUUUGCAAUAUAUCCCAUUAAAUGUCCAAUAUUUAAAUUUGUUUAAACUUAUAAAGAAAGUAAGAAAAUAUAAAUUUAUUCUAGCUAUGUGUUUAAAUCAUAUAUGUGGUAUGAAUAUACCUUUCUACCUUUUUUGUGAACUUUAUAAGUUACCCUUACCUAUGUUAAAUAAUUUCUUUUCUUUUAAUAAAAAAAUGUGGAAUCCUUGUUCUAAUAAUUUCGAAUUAUCAAAUUCAAUAACUCUGAACGAAUUAGAAGAAAAUUAUUAUGAUGAAAUUGAUUUUAAAAUGGAUGAGAAAGAAAGUAUUCAAUGGAUAAACGACAAUUUUGAUUUUAAUAUAUCAAAUGAUUCCUUACGUCUUUUUAAAAAUAAAAAAAUAAAUAGACAAAUAUAUAAAUGUUUUCAUUAUAAAACAGAACACAAUAAAUAUAAGAAUUUUAUAAACCUUGUGAUUAAAUUGAAUUUUAAUUCAUAUCCAAAUUUAUAUACAUUUCAUAAUAUUGAACAGGCUUCAGAUAAUAUAUUAACUUAUUCUACAUAUAACAAUCUUUUUAAUUUCAAACAAAAUCAUUAUAAUAAUAAUAAUAAUAAUAAUAAUCAUAGUAAUCAUAAAAAUAAUGAUACGAAUGCUGAUUUUUUCAUAAUUAUUUUUUCACAUUUUCUUAAUUUCAUAUACCAAUUUUGGAAUAAAAGAAUUUGUGAAGUAAGUGAGUAUCAGACAUUGCGUAGUACAAGCUAUUCAAGUCAAGAUAUAGAAUAUUCGAAUAAAAUAGAAAAAAACAACAAAUUAAAUAAUAUAAAUAUAAUUAUGCAGAAUACAUUAGAUUAUUGUGAAAAAACAAAUGAAUAUUUAAGAGAAUCAAGUAUACUAUUAGAAUAUUAUAAUAUUUUUAAAGCAAGUACUUGUUUACAAUUAUCGAAUCAACCAAAUAUAAUGGAAAAUGGUAUUUUUGAUUGUCUCUUAUAUAUCAUAGAAGUGCACUAUCCUCAUUUAUUAAUUAUUCUUCCAAUUUUUUUGAAAGAAAAUUUUAAUCUCUUAACAUAUGAUAUAAAAGUUUAUUUAAUAAACAUAUUUUUCUUUAUUUUUAUUAAAACAGAUAAAUAUAAAAUAUAUAAACAAAAUAAUAAAAAAAAGAAACAUCCAGAAGGUAUAUAUAAUAAAAUUAUGAAUAGUACAAAUUUUGUAGAAAAUACUAACAAUGUCAUAUUACAAGGUGAUAAAAAGAGUUCUGAUGAAGUGUUAAAACAUUCAUCAUUUUCGAAGGAUAUUUUUAUGAACCCAUAUGAUUAUGCAAGCAGAAGAAAUUUCUUCGAAAUGAAAUCUGAAACGAAUAAUGAAAUGUAUAACAAAAUGAAUACUGGAUCGUAUAACAAAAUGAAUAUAGAAUCGUAUAACAAAAUGAAUAUUGGAUCAUAUAACAAAAUGAAUAUUGAAUCGUAUAACAAAAUGAAUAUUGAAUCGUAUAACAAAAUGAAUAUUUCUCCAUGUAACAAAUUCAAUUAUGAAACAUCUGACGAUUUAGAAUAUGAAACAGAAAACAAAACAGAUAUACAUACUAGUAUAGAAUCCGAAAGUGCAACUGAAAGUGAUAUGGAGAUUAUAUAUGAAAAUAAUACAAAUUGGAAUAAUAUUCAUAAAGACAAACUAAGAAUAAUUUUAUUAAAUAAUGAUUAUAAUAUGUAUUUAAUGGAAUUUUUUUUUAAAAUUGUUUUACGAAUAGUUCCAUUUUUCAAGGUAAAGAAUAAAAAGAAGCCUGUAAAUAUGAUGAAAUCAUCUAUAAUAUACAACAUCGCAAUAAUAUUAAACAUGUUAAAAUCAUUUAAGAAUAUUAUAUUAUCAACCAAAAAUAAUUUCUUUGUAUUUAUAUAUUAUUUUUUUAUAAAAGGGUAUAUAUCAUUAGUUUUGGUGAAUAUAAACAGAGCCCUAAAAUACUUUAAAAAAGUAUUUCUUCUUCUUUUAUUUUUUUUUGGCAAUCCAAUGUGUUCCUUAAACUCUCAUCCAUUUUUGGUAUAUGUUACAUAUAUUUUAUAUUGUUUAACUGUAUUAUCCAAAUUAAAUAUGGGAAAAUUUUAUGAAAGUGUUCAAAAAAGGGGAAUAAAGUUGUUUAAGAAUAAUAAUUAUGAUAAAGACCAACAAUUAUGUACAGAAAAUAAUGAUAAUAACAAUAAUAAUAACAACAAUAACAAUGAUAACAAUAAUAACAAUAAUAAUAAUAACAAUAAUAACAAUAAUAAUAAUAAGAUUUAUUGUAAAAAUGAAAAUAUUGAAAAUGAAGCUUAUAACAUGAAGAAUAAAACAUAUAAUAUCGAACCUAAAAAAUAUAUGAUGGACAAUAAAAUGCGUAAUAAUAUCAAUUAUGAGGAUAAGGAAAAUGAUAGUUUAUUUAGUGAAGACGAUAUCACAUCCAUAAAUAAUAUAUGGCUAAAACAGAAAUAUGAAAUAUGGAUGCUUUUAGAAAUACUUCGUUCAAUUAAAAAUAAUUAUAUAAAAUUUAACAAUAAUAUAUAUUUAGUACCUUUGAAUUAUUUGUUUAUAAAUAUAAAAAAACUUUUGAAACAAUGCAUACAAGAAAAGAAAAAGAUUAAGACAACUGAUAAUGUAAAUAACCAUUAUAAUAAAGAAAAGCAUUUUAGAAAGAAUAGUAACGGAAUGGAUUUUAUAAAGAAAGAUGAAAAUGUUGUUAAUUCAUUUUUAAUGAAUACUGUUAAUUUAAAAGAUAAAAUACCAGAUGAAAACUUAUUAAUAAAUAUAAAUAACAGUUAUUUAGCAUUAUAUCCUACAACUGAAAAUGUAAAUGUUCCAGAAGUUCAUAUAAAUGAAGACAUUGAUAAAUCAUUUUUAUAUUAUUCUGAACGGGAAAAAGAACAAAUAGAAACUAAUACUUUUUAUAAUAAUAAAGAGUAUACAGAAAUGAAAGAUUCCAAUCUUGUAGAUAUUGGAAAUACUAUAAUUAAGGAAAAUGAACAAGUCAAAGAAGAAUUAUAUAAAAAAAGCAAACCUGGAGAAGAAUGUGAAGAUGAAAACGAACAUGAAAUAAAUGAAAUGGAACAAGAAAAUAAUACGUAUUUUUUAAAUUCCCGAAUGUCAACAAAUAAUUUUUAUAAUGAAGAAAAUAAACAUAGAAAAAUUAAAAAUAAUAAAACAAUGCAUUAUGGAUACAUUGAUAAAAAAGACAUUUGUAACAUAUUAUUAUAUAACUUAAUAUUUAUUAAUAAAAUGAACAAAAAAUUAAAUAAUUGCAACAAUAUUGGUUAUUACCAUUUUAAAUAUUGCAACUUUAAAAAAAUUGUUAUAAAUUAUAAUAAAUAUUAUAAAAUGAUAUUGGAAGCGUUUAAGAGUAAAUUAAGUAAAAAUUAUUAUGCCUACACAUUUGGAAAUAAUGAAAAUGGAACUCUGGCUAUUGGGAAACCUUCUUAUCUAAAGUUAUCUCCAACUAUUGGUUCACUUGGAUAUGAUAAAAAUAAAAAGAGUAUAAAACAAGGUAACGAUUUUUGGUUUACGAAUAAUUUGCAACUACUUCCAAUUAAGAUUAAAAAAAUAUGUAUGAAUGAAGGCAUGAUUUCAUUAAUUGAUAAAAAACAUAAUUUAUAUAUUGGUGGUAAUAAUACAUUUCUUGGAUCAAAAAGUGAAUUGUAUUUUAAAAGGGUAAAAUCAAAAGAUAAUUAUUUAGGAGGAAAUGUACAUUGUACAUCAAAAAAAACACAUGACAAAAUAAAAAUAGAUAAAUUCUUUAUGAAUUUAAAAUUAAAAAAAAUUAAAAAAGAGGAAAAGGAAUACCUUGAUUACAAUAGUUCAUCUGGUGAUAGUGAUAAUGUCCUAUUUGAAAAAUCGUUAUCAUAUAAUGGAACUACAAAAUUUUUAAAACGUUUAAUUUUUCAAAAUGAUAAUUUUUCUGAAUUUGAUAGAAACAAUGACGAUACAAUAUAUAAAAAAGCAUGUGCAAAUACUAUGGGUGUAUCCAUAAAUAUGAUAUAUGAUAAUUUUAGUUCUUGUGAAAGUGACAUACAUUCAUCUAUUGAUAGUGAUGACAGUGAUGCUACAUAUAUUAAAGUUAGUGAUAUAGAAGAAAUAAAUAAAAAUUUAAGUAUUAAUAUUUUAUUAAAUAAUGAUGAACAUAAAUCUUUCUAUGUACAAAAAAAAAGUUAUUCUCUAAAAAAGGUGUCUAUAGAUGAUAUUAAUAUAUAUAACAGCAUAUUAUACUAUUCAUCAUAUGAUAAUCAGUAUUUAACACAUAUUCUUCCAAACUACAUUUCUUCCGUAAAAAUUAUGAACAAAUAUUGUAAAAAACUUUCGUAUGAUUAUUAUAAAGAAAAAAACAAUGCAAACUUAAAAUAUCAAGAAAAAAAUAUACACGGAGAAAAAAAGAAUAAUGAUGAAUAUGAAAAUUCACAAAGAUAUUUAGAAGAAUCUGAGUAUGGAAAAACUAGUAAAGGUUAUUAUAAGAAUAGUAGCACGAUGUCAUCAGGAGGAAAAGUUGAUAAACUGUUAAUGGAAAAUAAUGUAAAUAAUUUUAAGUUUAUUUAUAAUUUUAUACAUGAUAUUAAAAAUAGAAUAAAAUUUAUUGAUAUUUAUAACGGUUCAGAUUUUAUUAUAUCAAUAAACAAUUUUGGUCAUGUAUAUGCAUGGGGAAAUAAUAAAUAUGGAUGUUUAGGAACUGGUGAUACCAUUAAUAGAUAUGUGCCUACAUUAAUUGAUCCAGGUUAUUUCUUUUUAUAUGAUUUUGAAAAGUUACAAAUACAUACAAGUUACAAAACUGAAAUAUCAAUAAAAGGUAUCGAAAAAACAAAUAGUAUGUGUAAUGAAAAUAUAUUGUAUAAUUCUUUAUUACAAGAAGCAAUUAAAAAAAAUAUUUAUAAUAAAAAUAUAAAAGUUCAAAAUAAUAUAAAAGAAUCCUUUAUUAAAUGUAAUGAGGCGGAUUGUAAAUCUGUUAAUUCAAAUAAUUUCGUAAUUCCAAAUAAACAUUUUAAAGAUGAUGUUUUAGCGACAUUAAAAACAGAUAAUAUUUAUACAUCAGAACACAUGCUCAAUUUUGAAAACAUAAAUGUUGACAAUGUAACGAUAAGUGUACAAAAAAUUUACGUUCCCAUUAAUUCCAUUUUUUGUGGUAAUAAUCAUGUUUGUGCAUAUUCAAAUGGUUCCAUAUUUAUGUGGGGUGAACAAAAAUUAGGUCAAACAUCCACACCCUUUGAAAAUAUAUACUUUGAUAUUCAUAAUAAAUUACCAAAAUCAGAUAGUGAUUCAGAUACUAAUUAUAAAAUAAAAAAAAAUGAAAAAAGAGAAAGUAGAAAGAAUAAAACAAAUGAUUUCUUAUCUUCAAGUUCUUCGGAAGAAUAUUACCUUAAUUUGUUAGACAGGAAAAAACUUGAAAGUAUGAAAAAUAGAUAUAACAAAAAUAAAAUUUUAUUUUGUAAGAAAAAAAUUAGUUUCAGUGUAAAAAACCCAAUGCAAAAUUAUUAUAACAUAACUAAUGACGAAAUAUUCCUUAAUAACAGAAAAUUAAAAUUGUCUUCUAAUUUAAAUGCAACAAAUAAAAUUAAAAAGAAAAAAGUUAACAACAAUUUAGUUCUUAUACCCAUUCAAGUUUGUGUAUUUAAUUUAUCCUAUAGAGUAAAAAAAAAAAUAACAAAUAAUACAAAUGACAAAUAUGUUAAUAAUAAAUCCAAUGAAAAUGAAGAAAAAUAUGAAAAAGAAACGUUAAUAAAUUCAAAUUAUGAUUUUAAUAGUGUUCCAACGAGUCAAAAUAAUGAUCGCCACAUUAAGAAUGAGAAUAUAAAUAAAAAUUGUGGGGAAAAAAACGUAGGAGCACAAAAUGCGAAAUUAAAAAAUUCUAGUAGUAGUAAUACUACUAUUACUACUACUACUACUAAUAAUAAUAAUAAUAGUGAUUAUACAAGAGUUUAUGAUUAUCUUGAAUCGUUUAUAAAAGGUGAAAUAGUAAAUAUGUAUAUGAACAUUUUUAGAAAUGAUAUAAAUAUAUAUACAAAUAUUCCUAAUAAUAUUAAUAUAAAUCCAUACAUAUACGGAAUGAAUUUUUACGAUUACAAUUUUUAUAAUGAGAAAUAUAAGAACUUUCAAAAUUAUUUAGGACAGGAAAUAAAUGAAAAUGAAUAUAAUGCCAAUAAUAAUACUCAUAAGAAUUCAUAUUUUUCUUCAAAUGAAAAUUAUAAUAAAUAUAAAGAUGACAUUUUUAAUAAAAAAAUGAACGAUGAAAAAUAUACUAAUAAAAAUGAAGAUGAAUAUACUAAAUCAUCCAAAAAAAUUGAUCUACUUAAUAUUGAAGAUCCAAAUAAGUUUGUAAAACUAAUGAAAGAAAAUGAAAUGAUUAACCCACAAAUAUAUGAAUACAUUGAUAAGGAAGAAACUGUAUGUAUUAACAUUAAAUUAAUUAUUUUCUUAUUUUUAUUUAUAAAGAAAAAGUACAUGACUAUUUUCUUGAACAGUAUUCAAAUGGUGGCAAAUGUUUCGUGUGGUGAGGCUAAUACCGUAAUAACAUGCUUCAAAAAAAGUAUUUAUGAUAAAUAUUACAAAUAUAUAAUAAAAAAUAUUACUUGUUUAGAAAAUUAUAAACAUUUAGAAAGUACGAAAUUGAAGUCAAAAUUAAAUUUAACGUAUCCAGAAUAUUAUUUUAGUUCAACGAGUGAAGACAGUGAACAUUUUUAUAGAAACGAUAUAUAUGAUGUUAAAAAUUAUACAACUUCAAUUGUAAAUUGGGGUGACAAAUCAUUUGAUGAAUACAAAAUCAUAAAUUCUGCAUAUUCUCGUUCCGAUACAUCACGCAUUUAUCAUAUGAUAGAUGAAAUAUUAGAAAAUUAUAUGUGUAUUUAUGUAUGUGGUAGGGAUACAAAUAAUAAUUUAUGUGUCAAUAAUAUUAAUCAAAGUAUAUACACGUUUACCAGAAUAAGUAAUAAUUUUUUUUAUUACAACUUUAACAAUUUCCUAUAUUUAUAUAAAUAUAAUUAUUAUUUGUACUAUAUACAUAAAAAUAAAGUUCAUAUUAAUCAUAACAAUGAUGUAUCAUACAUUCAAAACAACCCUCUUACCUUAUUUAAGAAUAAAUUUAACAUAAUAAAUAAUAAAGAUGAUAAUAUGAAUCUGAAUCUGAAUCAAUCUAAUUCAAAAUGUCAAGGUGUUUCACCAAAACAAUUUAUAAUAAUAAAAAAAAUUGUUUGCAGUAAUAUUGUUACAUGCUUAAUUGAUAUAUAUAAUAAUGUUUAUAUUGCUGGUGACAUAAAAUAUUAUUUUCCAAAUCAUUUUCAUCACAUUGCAUAUGCAUCUUCACCUUUUGUUAAAAUCAAUUUGAAUAACAACAAAACAAUAAAAAAUGUAUCAAUUAGUCAAAAUAACAUAUUUUUAGUAUAUGAUGACAAUAGUUUGGAAAUAUUAGGUUAUAAUGAUUAUAUUGAUUUCUUUGAAUAUAAUCAUCCUAUAUUUUUUACUAACAAACAUAAUCAUAAACAUUCAUAUAAUAUUGUGAAUAUUAAAAAAUCAGAUUUCUUGGUAAAACAAAUACAAACAGGAAACAAUUGUGCUGUAAUAGUCAUGAAAAAGAAAAAAGGCAAAAAAAUUAAGAAAAAAUCAAUUAAAUACUUUAAUUAA